CACUGACUAAUUUGAUGCUUUGCGAUUUUUGCGAAUGAGAGUGUGCGCACACGUUCUAUUAAUCCUUGUUAUUGUUUUUCAAUUGAUAUGGUAAUCGGUUAUCAAAAGUUAUUAAUAUGGAUUUUACUGAAAACAAAGUGAUUUCUUAAUUAGUUUCGAUGCAAAACUAAACUAAUAAUGAAUAAACUUUCAUUUAUAUUGACUGUCACAUUUUGUGUUUGUGGUUCAUCUGGAAAAUACGAACCCAAUUGGAAAAGUUUAGACACUAGACCUUUACCGAAGUGGUAUGAUGAUGCGAAAAUUGGAAUUUUCAUCCAUUGGGGAGUGUUUUCUGUACCGAGCUUUGGAUCCGAAUGGUUUUGGUCUAGUUGGAAAGGUAAAUCAUCGGAAUAUAUCGAUUAUAUGAAACAUAAUUAUCCGGAAACAUUUACUUAUCAAGAAUUUGCUAAAGACUUUAAGGCAGAAUUUUUUGAUGCCAAUGAAUGGGCAAACAUUUUUGCUGAUUCUGGAGCCAGGUACAUUGUUCUUACCAGUAAACAUCAUGAAGGAUAUACUUUAUGGCCAUCAAAAUAUUCUUACAGUUGGAAUUCUCUUGAUGUAGGACCCGGAAGAGAUGUUAUUGAUGAACUUUCAAAGGCAGUAAGAUCUCAUAAUCUUACUUUUGGUCUAUAUCAUUCCCUUUAUGAAUGGUUUAACCCAAUGUACGGAUCCGAUAAAGCAAGCAAUUUUACCAAACAAAUAUUCGUAAAUAACAAAAUGAUUCCUGAGAUGAUGGAACUUAUAAAUAAUUACCAACCGUCAGUGUUAUGGUCUGAUGGCGACUGGGAAGCUCCUGACACCUACUGGAAGUCCACAGAAUUUUUGGCUUGGUUGUAUAAUGAUAGUCCUGUUAAAGAUGAGAUUGUAACUAAUGAUAGAUGGGGAAUGGGUACUUCCUGCAAACAUGGCGAUAUUUAUUCCUGCAAGGAUAGAUACAAUCCUGGAACCCUUCAAAAACAUAAAUGGGAAAAUGCUAUGACUAUAGAUAAACAAUCAUGGGGUUUUAGAAGAAAUGCAAAACUUUCUGAUUUUUUUACAAUUGAAGAACUUCUUAGUGAACUUGCGUCAACAAUUAGUUGUGGAGGCAACCUUCUUAUGAAUGUUGGCCCAACAAAAGAUGGAAUAAUAGCUCCAAUCUUUCAAGAACGUUUACAACAAAUGGGUCAAUGGCUGAAAAUAAACGGAGAAGCCAUUUAUGGAACAAAACCAUGGAUCGUUCAAAAUGAUACUUUGACUUCAGCCGUUUGGUAUACAAGCAAAGAUUCAGUUUUUUAUGCUAUUUCCUUGAAAUGGCCCAAGGAUAAUAUUCUUUCAUUAAAAUCUCCCUUAAAAUUCUUUCGAAAUGUCAAAACUGUCGUAAAUUUGCUAGGAAAUGAAGAAGAUGGAAUACUAAAGUGGACCAUCGAUAACGAUGCUGUGAACAUAAGAUUCCCUGACAUGGCCAAAGUCAAGAGUAAAUGGGCUUAUGUUUUAAAAAUUGUGCCCAAUUAAAUCAAUAAUAAAAUGACCUCUUCCCAAACAAUUAUAUUUUUUCUUUUCAUUUUGUGAUUAACUCAAUUAAAAAUUAGGUUUAAAGGUAACAUAUAUUUAGCUAUUUCGUAAUCCGAUGUAAGGAAAUCGAAGUCACCAAAUCGAAAUCCUUGUAAUUUUUUUUUUGAGUUUUUGAAAUAUGUUUAUUUUUUUAAGUUUUAUACAUUGUCCUUGUGGUUUACCUCUACACUACAUUAAAAUAGUAAUGUUUCAAUGAUCGGAUGCAGUAAAAAUGGAGUAAUUAAUACUGUGAUAUUAUGAAGAUAGUACGUACACAUAAAUUGUCAAUUAUGUUUAAGUUUUGUUUGUAUAUUUAUUUUUGUAUUGAA